AUGCUGGAAGAGGAAGCAGGCGUGGAAGGACCGAAAGUUGGCGAGAAAGACGUCACACUACUCAUACAAAUGUCGAAUCUUCAGUGUCGUUACAAAUGGCGAACGAUCAAGGAUUUUCACGUGGCCGACCACGCAGACGAGAACAAAGCACAGCUCCUGUGGAACAGGGGCCUAUCAAUCAGGAAUCGAUGGUUGAAGAAAGCGAUGUUCCCGGAUACGCGUAUGAUCCCCAAACUGGGCGAUACUUUCGAGUGCAGCCAGAAAUUAGUGGUCCGGUAA